AUGCUGUCGAACCGCGAGUCCGCCAGGCGGUCCCGGAGGAGGAAGCAGGAGCACCUCCAGAAGAUGGAGGAUGAGCUCAGACGUGCACACGACGAACGCGACGCCGCGAACAAACGAGUCGAGCAGCUGCAGAAGCAGCUCGACGCCAAGAGGAUGAAGUGCGAGGAGCUCGAGAGCGAGAACGCCCGCCUCGUGCAGCACCUGCAAGCGCUGGGCGCUCUGCCACAGAAGCGCCCGGCGCCUGGCCUCGAGCAGGCGGAUGCACGCGCGAAGAAAGCGCGUCGAUCCAAGCAGUCGACCCCGGAGGUGCAGCAGGACGACGGGACUGUGCAGGUGUAA